CUCACCCUCCGGUUCCUCCUGCGUGACGCACGGAGCCCAGACAGUCCGCUCAGCUCGCAGCUCGGAACCGUCCUGAGCAACAUGCAGGAUGGCGAGUGUGGAGACAGCCGCCGAACACGAGCGUAUCCUUCGGGAGAUCGAGAGCACAGACACCAACUGUAUCGGACCGACCCUCCGGUCGGUGUACGACGGUCAGGAACAUGGUCUCUUCAUGGAGAAGCUGGAUGUGCGCAUCAGGAACCACGACAGAGAGAUCGAGAAGAUGUGUAACCAUCACUUCCAGGGGUUCGUUGACUCCAUCACAGAGCUGCUCAAAGUGCGAGGGGAGGCGCAGAAACUGAAGAGUCAGGUGACCGAGACAAACAAGCGUCUUCAGGAUGAUGGCAAAGUGCUCAUCGGCUCGAUGGAGGAGCUGAAGCAGUGUCGAGUGCAACAGAGGAACAUCGCUACCACCGUAGACAAACUGACACACUGCCUACCAGUCCUGGAGAUGUACAGCAGACUUCAAGAACAGAUGAAGGCCAAAAGGUACUACCCGGCACUGCGGACGUUGGAGCAGCUGGAGCAUACGUGUCUUCCCAGGGCGGGCCAGUACAGGUUCUGCUCCAUCAUGGCGGAAAACAUCCCUAAACUGAGGACGCAGAUCCGAGACACGGCCAUGACGCAGCUGAGAGACUUCCUGGAGAGCAUUCGGAAACAUUCUGACAAGAUAGGAGAGGCUGCCAUCAGACAGGCCCAGUUACAGCGCUCAUUGGACAGCUCGGUCUCCGUACAGCCAAGGGCCCUGAUUGGCCGACGCAGCAGAAAGGAGGCGGCGGCGGUAAACACGGACGGCUACGCACAGGGUGGCAGUCCAGUGUCAGAACAGGACUCCGGCAUCCUGGAUGUUGAGGAUGAAGAGGAGGACGAUGAAGUCCCAGGAGCUCAUGACUUGGUGGAUUUCUCUCCAGUUUACCGCUGUCUGCAUAUCUAUACUGUGCUGGGUUUGCGUGAUGUGUUUGAGAACUACUACAGAAAGCAGAGGAGGAAACAGGCUCGCCUUGUGCUGCAGCCCCACUCUAACAUGCAUGAAACUCUGGAGGGAUACAGGCGGUACUUCAAUCAGAUUGUCGGUUUCUUUGUCGUGGAGGACCAUAUCCUCCACACCACACAGGGUUUGGUCAACAGAGCGUACGUGGAGGAGCUUUGGGAGCUGGCGCUGUCCAAAAUCAUUGCGGCCUUGAGGACGCACUCUUCGUACUGUGACAACCCUGACCUGGUGCUGGAUCUGAAGAACCUCAUUGUCCUUUUUGCUGAUACACUGCAGGGUUACGGUUUCCCAGUGUCACAGCUCUUCGACAUGCUGCUGGAGAUGAGGGAGCAGUACGGAGAAAUCCUGCUCAAGAGAUGGAACAUCACCUUCAGGCAGGUGUUGGACCAGGACAACUACAGUCCGAUCCCAGUCUCAACAGAGCAGGAGUACAAACACUACACUUCCCAGUUUCCCCUGCAAGACCCCGAACUGGAAAAGCUUCCCUUCCCCAAGAAGCUUCCCUUCUCAGAGUUUGUGCCAAAAGUCUACUGCCAGCUCAAAGAGUUCAUCUAUGCUUGUCUGAAAUAUUCUGAAGACCUGCAUCUCAGUUCCACGGAGGUAGACGAUAUGAUCCGCAAGUCCACAAAUCUGUUGUUGACCCGAACCCUCAGCCACUGUCUGCAGUACGCCAUUAAGAAGAAGAAUGUCGGGCUGGCAGAGUUGGUGCAGGUGAUCAUUAACACCACUCACCUGGAGCAGAGCUGUCACUUUCUGGAGGAGUUCAUAUCAAACAUCACAAAUGUCCCGCCUGACAUAGCAAACGCUACCAAGCUGUACGGCACCUCCACCUUCAAGGAUGCUCGUCAUGCGGCCGAGGCGGAGAUCUACACCAGCCUCAACGCCAAGAUCGACCAGUUCCUGCAGCUGGCUGAUUACGACUGGAUGGCCGCGGUGCCGGGAGGUGGGACUCCGGAAGCCAGCGACUACCUGAUUGACCUGAUCGCUUUUCUGAAGAGCACCUUCAGUGUCUUCACCAACCUGCCUGGUAAAGUGGCCCAGACAGCCUGCAUGUCAGCCUGUAAACACAUCUCCACCUCCCUGAUGCAGCUCCUGCUUGACCCGGAGGUGAGACAGAUCUCAAUAGGAGCUCUGCACCAGAUCUACACCGACGUCAAGGAGUGCGAGAGUUUUGCCAGAGCCGGCCCGGUCGCAGGCUUCCAGGGUGACACGUUGCUUCUGGCCUUCAGUGACUUGAGACAAUUACUGGACCUGUUCACACAGUGGGAUUGGUCGACCUACCUGGCUGACUACGGCAAACCUACCUGCAAAUACCUGAGAGUCAACCCACACACCGCACUGGCCCUGCUGGAGAAGAUGAGGGAGACGAGCAGGAAGAACAACGUCUUCGCCCAGUUCAGGAAGACGGACAGAGACAGACAGAAACUGAUCGACACCAUCAUCAAACAGCUACGAAACCUCAUCGCACAGCACCACACCUAGAGCGAGCCACCAGCCUGAUGAACAGACACCAUUGAUCUGUUCAACCCUACAACCAUUGGCUGAUCUAUGCACCUUAACCUGUACUCCACAGAACUUCCAACGGCCACAACCGGUUCUUAUUGGUCGUCUUUAACAACCAGUCUAAACCUGCAACAAGCUCACUGGAUAGCAAGCUCUAACAUAAUCUUUACGCUUGGAGUGUGACAGCUCGCCUUUCACUUUAUCUCUCCGCUAUCUGACUUGUUAUCAGGCCUCAAGUGACCGUACUUCCUGGCCUGUUACGUCUUACUGACUGAAUACAAGGAUAUGUGAAACUCACCUAAAUGUUCUUGGUUGUUGCAAAUGAGCUGAACAUUAAUCUUUAAACGAAAACAAAAAUAAACGGAGGCUCUCCAGUUAUCACCUUCAAAUUCACACCCUGAAUCUAACGGAGUAGUCUUAUUAGGUGAAGACAAGAAAGGGAAGAAAGCUCUCUCUAAACAUUCAGACCAUAAAAGUUAACAUAGCAUAUGUCAGUGAAAAUAUGUGGUUAUUAUGUAGAAAAACAAGCAAGAACAGCGAGGAACAGUAGUGAAUACCAUAUUAUAACUAAAUACACAAAUGCAGUGACCUAACUCUGUUGCUCUACUUGUUGCUUCAGUUUGUGGAUGCUGUCGGGGCUUGUUGUUGUAUUUGUGGGUCUACAGGGUGGGAACAUGUUAACUUUGUGGUGUUUUCAUAAGAACUCGCAUUUUCAGAGAUUAUUCUUUUUACCACAAGCCUCCUUAUUUCCCUUUUCUGAAAUCUAACUGGCUGGUUAGGCAGUCUGAAUUUUUUCUCCUCUAUCACAUGAGAACCUUUAAGGUCUUCCACGUUGCUCUCCCUCACUGUGGCACAAUGACAUAGCGUAGUGAAUGUACAUCAGGGAGGGUCGUCUUCUGUGGCAGAUAGUCAUUUUUUUUCACGUUUUAAUAUUGCAACCAGAAAAACGCUGAAGUUCAAAUCAGGUUUGGGAGGGGGGAGGCAAAGUAGAUAUUGGUUGUGAAUUUAUAGAAUGUUACUCGAGUAUCCCUUAUUGUCUAAAAAAAAGGGGGGGAUAUUCACACAACAUGGCAACCCUUUUCCCAACUUAAUACACAACCUGCAAACACUUGAAUUUCAAUGCUCAGAUAUGGCAACCCCCUCUUAGUGUUUGGGAUUCAAAAGGGAGGGUUGUUGUCCAAACAUGGCAACCCAUUCCUCUUCUUUCAGCAAAACGAUCAUAUUUGAAUGGGAGAAGGGGGGUUGAGCAUUUUCUACUCUUCAUGUAUAAAUAACUGGGGAUGCUCAAGGCGUAUAGUUUAGUUUGCCUGGUUGACUAGAAAGUAACUAAUUUGUAUACAAACCGUUGUACUAAGGCCGAGAGCGCACACUUUUGUCUCCCAUAAACAUAUGCCAAGCUGAGCGUGUGUGUGUGUGUGUAGCAUGGCCACAAAGGUUUGUUUAGUUGAAACACAGCACAUAAUUACAUUUUCACGAGAUUUUUUUUUUACUAAUAUGGGUCUCUUUGCUUGGUAUUGCUUUUUUUCUUGAACUUGGGUGCAAUAAUAGCAUUGGAAACUACAGCUGUGUGCGUGUGUGUGUGUGUGCGCGCGUGUGUGUGUGUUCGUUUCAUGGCGCUUUAUAAAGGGAUUCAAACCUACAGUGUGUGUCAGAAGGGAAUUCAAGUCUUCCUCUUCCUCUCUGCUGCACAGAGGACAUUCGGUCGGUUGAUGUCUGAUUUACUGAGCGACAUCAUGUUGUGUUUGUGUUCACUUGUGCAUGCCGGCACUGUGAAAUCAAACGUGUGCAUUCAUGGAGAUGUGUAUGUUUUUUGUGUGUGUUUUGAUCCAUCCUUAGCUGUGUAUCAUUUUUAGGUGUUAGUAAGGGAAUGGGGCCGUCGGUAUUGAAUGUGCCUUUGCUGUAUUUUGUGUUAUUUGUUUUCCUGCCAAUAAAGAGGCAACACUGCGGCAUUUGGACUCUGAACGUCCACACCGGAUUUACAGUAAUAAAAUAAAAUUUUGGAUGUCUGGCCAAAAAUAAGUCUUAACUCAAAGUCCACUUGCUAGCUUUUUGCAGAGCUUUCAACCACUCUGACAGUGUCCUGGAGGUCUAUUUGUUAUUUUACCUUUUCUGUGACAAAUUAUGAAGCUACACACUCUUAUUUGCUUUUAUCUGAUUAGAUUAGACAUGAUGACUGAUCAGUGGCUCUAUCAUAACUUACAACCUGAAAUUUCAUUAUGUAUGAGAUUUUUAAGAAUUAGAUAAGUUUUCUUGUAAAAUUAAGGUCUGUUUCUCAGAACUAGGACUUGGUAUCUCUUAACUAUGAGGAAAUGUCAUAAUUUAGAUGGGGAGGUUUUCACGCAACUUUGAGAUGUGAAUAAAAAAAAAGCGUUUCUUUUCCUUUGGGGAAUAAAGUGCACUUAAAUGCACAUUAAAAAUGAAGAAAAAUAUUCCUCAUGCUAGUUUUUUUUUUUUUGCAAAAUGAUCUUACUUUUGGCCAAUGAGCUGCUCCACUUAUUAAAUUCCUUGCUUGAGAGCACAAGCAAGGCAUUCAAACUUACAACCCUCCGGUCACCUGUUCUCCUGCAUGAGUGUCGGGGUCCAGAGUCCUCAGGCUGCAGAUGUCAUUGUUACUUUGUUUUGUAUUGUGUAAGCAGAAAUCGUUGCUGAGACAGAAGCACUGUACAUGCUGUUGUAUUAAACCACUAAUGAAUGAAAGUAAAAUACUAAUACAGUUGCAACAAAAGCCAACAAACAAAUAUGGAAUAAAUGUUAAACUGUCGAGAA